AUUUUGUGCUGAUUUUGUUUGGUACAGUCGCUGCACCCAUAGUAGUUUUUUAUUACUGUUUUGUGUAAUUUUGGAUAACGGUGCACGCGGUCUCUCCUCUCUAUCAAACUCGUGCGGGUGUUGUGAGAGAAUUUAGCAAAAAAAAAAGCGUGUGGUACUCUCUUUGGCUAGCCGUCAAGAAUUUUCUUCCGAAUCGAUCUCUUUUCCACAAAGUUUUGCGAAGUGUAGACGGGCCGAAGCGAGGCUCCGCGAGUGCUUUGAAAUUGAAAAUUAAACUUAAGUGUAUUGAUCUGACCGAUUGAAGAUAAACUUUAUUCUACUUAGAAUCGUGUUUUUUCUGUCUGUGCAAUUGCCAAUAAAAAAUCCGUAAGCAUCGCAGUGAAUUACCCAUUCCGUGCAAAAGAACAUCCAUAAAGUGCUCGUGAGCCAAUAGCGAAAAAGGCGAAGAAAUUCUGGUGCAGUUUUUAAUAGCAGAAAAAGGUUUCCAAGUGAUUAAUUGAAGCAACUCGACAAAAUGCCGCAGACGAAAGCGACCAACGGAUUUGCCAGCAGCAAUGGCCAUAAUGGCUACGAAAUGGAAGACGGCUGUUCGUUUCUGUUCACCUCAGAAUCCGUGGGAGAAGGACAUCCGGACAAGAUGUGCGACCAGAUCAGUGACGCAAUUCUCGAUGCACAUUUGGAGCAGGAUCCAAAUGCAAAAGUAGCCUGUGAAACUAUUUCGAAAACUGGAAUGAUUUUGCUGUGCGGAGAGAUUACUUCAAAGGCCGUUGUUGACUAUCAGAAGGUGGUACGCGAGACGGUGAAGCACAUCGGUUACGACGACUCCUCCAAAGGCUUCGAUUGGCGCACGUUGAAUUUGUUGAUCGCGAUUGAGCAGCAGUCCCCCAAUAUUGCCCAGGGCGUACACGUCGAUCGCGACGAGGAUGAUGUAGGAGCCGGUGAUCAGGGACUGAUGUUUGGCUACGCGACCGAUGAAACGGAGGAAUGCAUGCCGCUAACCGUGGUGCUGGCGCACCGGUUGAACGAAAAAAUUGCCGAACUGCGCCGCAGCGGGGACUUCUGGUGGGCCCGACCGGACUCGAAGACUCAGGUCACCGCGGAGUACGUGUUCGAGUCGGGUGCGUGCAUCCCGCAGCGGGUGCACACCAUCGUCGUGUCACUGCAGCAUUCGGACAAGAUCACGCUGGAGGAUCUGCGCAGCAACAUUAUGAACAAGGUGGUGCGCGAGGUAAUCCCCGCCAAGUAUCUGGAUUCGAACACGAUCGUACACAUCAACCCGUGCGGGUUGUUCAUCAUCGGUGGACCGCAGGGUGACGCUGGCCUAACUGGUCGAAAGAUCAUCGUUGACACCUACGGCGGUUGGGGAGCGCACGGUGGUGGUGCAUUUUCCGGAAAGGAUUUCACCAAAGUGGACCGUUCGGCGGCAUACGCUGCCCGUUGGGUCGCUAAGUCGCUGGUCCGGGCAGGAAUUUGUCGACGUUGUUUGGUACAGGUAGCGUACGCUAUCGGUCUUGCUGAACCGCUCUCGAUCACAGUAUUUGAUUAUGGAACUUCCUCGUACAGCCAGAAAGAGCUUCUAAAUAUUGUCAAGAAAAAUUUCGACCUGCGUCCCGGAAAAAUCGUCAAGGAUCUUAAGCUGAGGACGCCCUUCUAUCAGCGUACUAGCACAUAUGGUCAUUUUGGACGCGAAGGUUUCCCUUGGGAGGAACCGAAGGAGCUGUUGUUGCUUGAUUGAUUGCCUUCGGCACGCGCAGGCGCCGUCGCUGACAGUGACAGCGAUGACGAUGAGGUCGCACCGACCCUUUCUAAGAAAGCCAAGUUCAAUGUUCAAGCAUAACCGAGAAAAGUGUUUUAGAUUGACCAUAUGCUUCAGUUUUUACGUGUAAGUGUGUUUAAGUUCCCGUGACAGCAAUGUAAUGUUUAUUUAGUGGUAGGAUCUUUUGCCCUACGUAGUGUUGCAAUUGCGGCAACUCCCCACAUCGUGUCAUACCAAGAAAUUCUGAAAAUAGCCAAUAUUUCCCCGGUUUUUUGUACGUCUAAGAUUGUGAAUUAUUCAAGUUCCUGUGUAUUUAAUCGAAUCAUUCAGUUUAGAUCAGGUUUAGUUACCUCUCCAGUUUUUUUCCUUCCCCAAAAAGAAGCAAAGUUGUUCACAAGUAAUCCACUGAGUAGCAUGUCUCAGAAUUAUAAAAAUCCAAUUUUAAAACAACCGCAUUCGAUGAUUAAAAAUUGUAAAAGAAUUUCUUCGCACUUUGUGUAACCUUCGUUAGACCCAGCUCUACAACCUUAGAUGAAAACGAAAAAAAAAAACAAUUGCAACAAUGUUUCUACACUUAGUUCAUACGCUUAAGCUCCAUUUCAAAUCGAGUAAAACAGUAAAACAAUAUCGUAUAUUCUUGAAAAAAACAGUGACAUAGUGUUUACAAAAGUACAGAGUAAAAACAUUUAAAAAAUGCAAAAAAAAAACAAGAAAAAAAAUCAUCCAGUUUAUGGAUGUACGUGCAAUAAUGCAUAGGAAAAAAGAGGUCUCGUGAAACUUUUUCCAGGCUAGAUCAUUCCGUUGGCCACAGUAGGAACCCCAUCAAGUGCGUUCCCAGCCCGACAUCCUUGGGAAUGCUGCCUGCUGCAAAUUCGUUGUAUGACGUGAAAAAAAUCAGUUCAAAUGUUUUAUAGUGAUAAAUAUUUUGAGGUAGAAGUACAAUAAUAGGAGAAGGUACAGAUACAGAGGGAAAGAGUAACCAAGAGAGAUGGCAUGAAAUAUGUAAGAUAUAAAACUUUUGCAAGUUAAAACUUCGUUGAAUUUGGAUUAUGCAUUCCAUGUUAUACAUUUGCUUUCACAUCUACGAUUGAAGAACGACUCGACAACCAUCAUUGGGUAAACGUGUUUGGCGUGUUUGUUGUUAAUCAGCAUUUAGGACGGUAAUAUCGUGUUACAUUAUGAAUCGAAUGGUGCUUUUUGGGAACCUUAUGACGGGACGAUCAUCAGCUGACGAGGACGGACCGAUAGGACAGACUCUAUACUCGGGACCUUGAUUCAGAAACAGUAAGAAAAAAGUUCUAGCGAUCAACUGCCAGUUUUUUAAUUGAUUUGAAUGUUAUUGUAGUUAUUAAUAAAGAUUCACACAAGACGCAAAUACGGGCAAAUGCUAAACACGCUAGUUCUUCGCGCAAUAUCCACACACAAACAGAAACGGAAUCUCCACACUUUUUGUAGGCUUGUGUGUUUCUAGAAUUUAUAAUCCAUAAAUCUAAAUUCUAGAAGCACAGACCUACUGCCGUCGUUCGUAGAAUUUUCAUCCUUCCAUCAGACAGAGAGAGAGAGAAAACAGAGCACAAAAUAGAACGUAUUCCUUCCGACUGACAGGGACUUUUUCAACGGAUAUAUUUUGUUUUCAGAAAUUCACAUUUCGAAUGCAAUCAAUCAGCCAGCCUAGCUAUCGAACAUAAGGAUUAUCCAAUCCAAUAUUUUUCAAUCUUUUAAUAAUCCACACGCAACGAAGUUUAUUUUUUUCGCCCGUUCAUACACGUUUUGUGUUGUGUUUACGUAAAGGAAAUUAUUUGUGGAAAAGAGCCAUUUCGAAAACACUCCGGUCCGCUGGAUGGUUGAACAGUGCCGAGCGGUACGAACAAAAAAAUCAGCAAAAAAAUCCUUUAAAAAAAUAGCGUAGAUUUCUUCCCGAUAAAAUAGGCAACAAUCAACAGAUGCUAGAGUAUUUAGUUUUGAUAAGUUUGUACUAGGUAAUGUAACAUUAUACAAGUUAUACGCACCAAAAUUUAUCAAAACCAACUGUCUAACUUCUAAUUCAAUCAAAUGAGCAAAAAAAAUAAUGCAAUAAUAAAAUGUACCGCACGCACGCCUCGAAAAAGACACGGGACCAGCAAAAAAAGAGUUUCAGUGAAUAGUUUUUUUCUUGAAAAAAAAAAAAUACUACUUAAGAUAAAAAUUACUUAUCGCGCUGAUAGAAGGCGAUGACAUGAAACAUUCAGCAAAUUUGUAUGGAAUAAAUAAAACAACAAAACAGUAAAAAAGAAAAAUAGAAAAUCAAUAAAACUAAAUUUACUACUUCCGGUAGCGAAAC